CUUUGAUCUGCAUGCAGACUCCAUCGUUAUUUUUCUGGAUGCUAAUGAUGUGAAACUAGGGCCAAACAGCCAGCAGCCACGAACUAGGCAGUUAUGAAGAAACAGAGCCCGGUGCAUAGCAGGACAUCUAAACGUGAGAACAAAUGAGCAUGAAAUCAUGCUUUUUCACUUUUGUGUCUUCCUUCUCUCUUGAUCAUCUCUCAGCAGACAUACCAUGCCUUCUUCUGUGACUAUUUGCAAAAUACUGCUGUUUCUGAUGUUGGUGUUAACUGCCUAUAUCAUUUUUAUGGCUUCAGAAAACUUCUCAAAGAAGUCUUCAUGCCCAGAAACACCACUCAAAACCAUCACAGAACCCACCGAGACUGAUUUGAGAAUUAAAAAAAUAAUAGAGCAGGUGGAUCGCCAGAUCCCACACAGACCAUUCUCUCAUGUCAAUACCACCACAAGUGCAACCCACAGUGUGACCAAAAUCAUCAAUCCUAAGACCACCUACUGCAGAGGGGAUCAGCUGGAUAUUCUGCUGGAGGUGAGAGACUAUUUGGAGCACAGAAAGCAAUAUGGAGGAGAUUUCUUAAGGGCCAGGAUUUCUUCCCCAAAGCUGAUGACAGGAGCUUCAGGACAAAUAACAGAUUUCAACAAUGGCACCUACCAUGUCAGUUUCACUUUAUUCUGGGCAGGUAAAGUCUCUGUGUCUCUUCUGCUCAUACACCCCAGUGAAGGGGCAUCUGCACUCUGGAGAGCAAGGAAUAGGGGCUAUGAUAAGGUCAUUUUCACAGGCCAGUUUGCCAAUGGCACAUCCCAGGUCUUCAGUGAAUGUGGCCUGGUUCUAAACACAAGUGCUGAACUGUGCCAGUACCUGGACCACCGAGAUCAAGAAGCCUUCUACUGUGUGAAACCUCAACGAGUGUCCUGUGAUGCACUGACCCAUAUGAAGACCAGGAGUAGUGGAGUUUCUUAUCUUAGUAUAAAGGAAAAAAAUCUUUUACGUAAGUCCAAUGUAGGGAUUGAAAUUAUGAGAGGCUUUGAACCCAUCACCGUCUCCCAGUGUAACAAUGUUGAAACAAUGAGAGAGAAAUGCCAGAUUGGAAUGAAGUCCCCUAUUCCCAGUGGUUAUUCUUUGCAAGGAAAGUGGAAUCCAGCAUUUUGUAAACUAACUCAGCUAAGUAAUGUGGAUGUAAUCAAUGAUUGUUUGAAAGGAAAACUCAUUUACCUCAUGGGAGAUUCUACCCUACGCCAGUGGAUGGACUACUUCUCCAAAUUUGUGAAAACACUGAAAUAUUUUGAUCAUCAUGGAAGUGGAGCAUUUAAGAAGUACAUACUUCUGGAUCCAGAAAGACACAUUCAUAUGCAAUGGAAAAAACAUGGGCCUCCAUUUGUCACUAACAAACUGUACUCAUUUAAAAAUAAUGAAUAUAUUACCCGUGAAAUUGACAGAGUAGCAGGAGACAGAAACACAGCCAUAGUCAUCACCCUAGGACAACAUUUCAGACUAUUCCCAGUUGACAUCUUCAUCCGAAGAGUUAUCAAUAUCCAAAAGGCAAUUAGGCGGUUAUUGCUAAGAAGUCCAGAUACCAAAGUUAUCCUGAAGGCGGAAAACAUUAGGGAGUUGCACAACGAGGCUGAGCAAGUGGGUGACUUUCACGGCUACAUUCAGUACCUUAUAAUGAGGGACAUUUUCCAGGAUCUCAAUGUGGGUAUCAUUGAUGCCUGGGACAUGACCAUUGCGUAUGACUCUAGAAUCCUGCACCCCCCUAAUAAUGUUAUUGAAAAUCAGAUUAAUAUGUUCUUAAACUACAUCUGCUGAGGGAUCGGAAAAAAUCACCAGAAAGGCUCUCUAUAUCUUUAUUUACUAAGUAUUAUGAGAGGACCAAAUAUAUCAAAUAAGAGAUUCCAGUUGAUAUAUGCCUAGCACAAAAUAUGAAUACAAGUUGGUAAGUGCAUCAUGGUGGGGGGACAAGAGGAAAACAUGAGGCCCUACAUGCCCUUUUGGAAUAGGAGAUAUGUCACGAGUGAGCAUUGUUUCUGUUUCCAUUACUGAUUAGAGUCACAUGGGAAAUGUCUUCUUUGGUAGUAUUGAUUGCUAUAUCAUCCAGUGACCCUAGUUCUCCAGGAUGUAUGUGUUGGCAGUAGGAUGGGGAGAAAUGACCAGAACAUAGGUUUGAGGAAUAACGUCUUGGCACAGCCAACAAGAACACAAGACCAACCCGAAUAAGUGAUUUGAUUGAAGGCUAAAGGACUUGAUCACACUACAGAGGGAAUUGUGUGCAGUGGUCAAUAUUAAGCCUAUCUCUGGGUAGUUUUUUCAAAAUGCAGUGUUGUUCACUCAGGGAGCCCUAUAAAUAUCCAGGAUUUAGGUAAUUUUAGGGAAGGAGAAGUUGUCUAUAUUACUAAGAAAGGAUCCCAAAGGGAAAAGGAAAGAAGCUCUUUUACAUAUCCUCAGGGGUGGAUGAAGCUAUCAGCCAAAUGGGGAGAUGUGAGAGAAGUCUAGUAAUCCUGUGGUCUUUCCUUAAGCUUAGUAGACAAAGUUGGGGUAGUGACUUGGAUUCAGGGAAAGAUUUUGAAUGGUAAGUUACAGUUUUAAGGCAUCAAUACAUUCUUGAAAAUGGAAGGGGACUUCUUGAUGAUGGGAGUUUUAUUUACCAACGCCAGAAAAUGUUUGGAGAUUGAGAACAGUAGGCCAAAUGUUUUGCAAUAGGACACUAAUCAGAUUUACACCUGUCUAAAAUACUUGAUACUGUCCCUCAGGUAAAAAGUUACUUUGAAAACUUCUAUGGUUGAAUAUUAAAUCUGGGCAUAUGUGCAUGUCCCCUGAUAUACGUAUGAGUGUGUCUAUUGCUUAAAUGUGUGUGUACUGGUAUAUCAUGGAUUAAUUUGUUUUGGGAAAAGUAAUGGAUCAUCCUUUACUUUCUUACUUUACUUAAUUUCAAUUAGGGAAGAACUUGGCAAGGUGGUUGUAUACUUUGGGAUUCAAAACUAUCAUUAGCCUUUUGUCUUUAUAAGAAGAAGUGGGCAAAUGCUGCACUUUCAGGGAACAGAAAGAAUCCUCAAGACAAAAAUCAUAACGAAAUUCUAUAAGGGCUGGACUGAGAAAAGUAUUUUUUUAAUCAAAUGACUUACAAACUUAAUAUUGAACAGCAAUACUACUAGUUAGACUUGCCUUCUAUUUACAUUUAAAUGAACUUCCAUGAAUAAAAUAUCAUAGCAACUUUAAAAGUUACUACUUCUAAAUUUUCAAUGGGAUUGUUUGUCUCUUCAGUUUCAUCAAUAUUCCUUCUUUUAUGGUUGCUGUUUAUUCAUUUGGUUUUGCUACACACACACACACACACACACACACUGGAUUAUUUCAUAAAGGUCUUUCCAGAUUUCUUCGCAGA